CCGUUGAAUAAAGAAUAGACAAGAUGUAAUUUCAUAUCGUUUAUUCAAUUUUAUGUAAAAAUAGUAGAAACAGUAAGAUAUAUUGAAAUUGAAACGUGAAUGGUGAUUCAAUUUAGUUGGUGUUUCUCAGAAAAUGAUGAUUCAAGUUCGACAGUUUAAAAUGUGGCCUCUUUGCGAAUUAAAAUAAAGGUCAGCCACAAUGUCGUCUGCACUGACUGAACUUUGUAGGAAUUUGCAAGACAACACUGAAAAACUAGAGGAUGAAAUAAAGAGAAAUAUAGUUGACUGUCACAAGCUCCUGAUAGACCAAAAGGCUACACAAAUCAAACUAGCUUUGGAAAAAGCAAAGGAUUUCCACUACAAAGAAGUGUUAGAUAUCCUAAAAGAGAUUGUAAAUAGCAUCAGGAAAAUCAUCUACCACGAGCAAAGAAUUAGGACUCUAGAUGACGAAAAAAAUGUUAGUCCUGAUGAGUUGAAACGUUAUUCUUAUGUCCAGAGACAGGUACAAGCCUUUUCAAAUCCAGAAGAAGCGGUAACCAAAAGAGAAAAAAGGAGGGUAGCUUCUGCCAUCUCCGUCGAGUCCUUGGAAGCUUGGGAACUGUAUCUGGAUAAGAAGGAAGAGGAAGAAAAGGCAAUUCAGGUAGAAGUAACGAAGAUACCGAAGAGACUUGAAACAAAAGGCAAUAGGAAAAAGAAGAAGCGUGUGUCUUCCACCUUUAACAACUUUUUAGAUAGUAAGUGUGGGAGUAGAUCGUUAGAUUCAAUAUUAGAAGAACAGACAAGUGUGUCGGAUAGAUUAGCUAGAGUGGAUCCGAAAGAAGAUUACACCAAGUCCUGCAACUUCGAAUUUAUUGACGUGAAUGGAAAAGGAAUAGAGUGUGACUAUUUUGGAAGGCCCUUGGAUGAAGUUUCCGCAGCCUCCUUAAGUUCAAUAUACGAGAGUGAUAGCGAUGAUGAAAGUUUCAAAGAUGCGUACAGUGAAGAUGAGAAAGGUCAGAAGCAAAACUUGUCCACAUUGGAUAUAUUAGAGACUCUCAAUGAGGAGUACCAGUUAGGACCAAUAAAUGAAGAUACAAAGCCCAAAAUUGUGGAUGUUGUUUACAAGAAGAAAGAGAACUGAAAAAUGAUAGAUUAAAAAUGGAAGAAAUGUCAACAAAAGUGAUACAAUCUCUUAUAUUUUUGUAUUAACUAAUUAUUCAUUAAUAAAAUAUCUGAAACAA